AUGAGCCCGCUCACGGGCUCAGAGAUUGUACAGGGGUCCUACGAGCUGAUUGCCUUUGCAGCCCUAACAUUUUUGUUUAUGCUGAGCUACUGGCUAGCAGUAGUGACCCCAGCAGGUUCUAUCCCCAAAACUCACGAGUGGGCCCUCCGAGACGAAGCGCCAAGCGGCACGGGUGUCUCUAAACCCGUCGAGACCAAACGGAGCGGAGGCCGGAGGGCAUGCAAGUGGUGCUGCCAGAGCAAGCCUGACAGGGCGCACCACUGCCGUGUAUGCCGAUCGUGUGUCCUCAAGAUGGACCAUCACUGCCCUUGGAUAUUCAACUGCGUCGGAUGGGGGAACCAUAAAUUUUUUUUGCUUUCACUCGUAUGGGGAGCAGCACUGGCUUUGUUCGUGGCGAUCACAAUGCUGGUAUCCGUAAGAAAAGCCAUUAAAAGCGAAGAGGCUUCAUUCGAAAGAGUGUUUAUGUUGCUGUUUGCCGAGACACUGGAUAUAUUUCUGUGCGCCCUCAUUUUGGGGUUUCUAAUAUUCCACUCAUUUUUGGUGGUCAAUGCCAUCACGACGAUAGAGUUCUGCGAGAAACAAUUCAGGAAGUCUCCUUUUGAUUCUACGCUAGAGGUGUCAUGGUCUCAUGGCUUUUGGAAGAACUUUACGGACGCUUUUGGCCCCGACCCUCUUCUCUGGUUUUUCCCAGUUGAUAACCGCUUUGGAGACGGAACUACCUUUACUCCUGGAUCCAGCUUGCACUACGAUUCAGUGAACGUAGAGAAGCACGUAAACAGGACGCUCAGUGCCUCGAGGAGAUACAAAGGGUUUUCCCCCAUUGUUGAUGAUGAUUCAUAG